GCCUUGCACCUCAUGAAGAAGAAGAUCAAGGCUUUGUCUUUGUUCGAAGAAGGAAUGCCCCACUACAGGAAUCUAUUAUUCCUAUUCCGCUCACAGAAACGCCAAUUAUAAAGAAAAAUCAAGUAAUUAGACAAAGUAAGCGGCGUUCGAGUAUAGAAAAAAGAGGCAAAAGAGCGUCUUCAAUUGGUAACGGAUUUGUAGCCAAACCACAUCCGGAUGUGAAUUCAAAUGAAUUUUUUCGUCAUAUUCAGGCGGAAAUGCCGGAACCGAUAAAACUCAGACAACUUUUGGUAUGGUGUGGACAAAGGGCUCUAGAUAAGCAGAUUUCAGCCGAUGAAAAUGCACUGAAAAUUGCAAAGAUCAUAGAGCAGGAAGUAUUGAACGAUUUAACCGAUGGCAAAAUUAGUACGUCAUGGUAUUAUCGACAGAAUGGACAAGAACCUUUAGAGAAAACUCUUCCGAAAAAACCACACCCACAAAAUAUCGUAAAUCAGAGGAAAUUAGAAGAGCAUGAAGCAACUUUACGAAGGUUGAAAGCAGAAUGUGAAGAAUGGACAAAAUUGGUUUCUGAAAUCAAUUCUUUUCAUGCAUCAGUUGUCAAUGUUGCAUCAUCAAUUCCUUCGGAUGAAGGCAAAAUUUCUAUGUUACCUGAUGAAAUAGACAUGUCUUUCCUACCGGAGGAGCAACAUAAAUUUUUAUUACAAUAUUGCAAUGAAGAUGAGAAAAAUAAAAUAAAUGACUUAGAAAAAAUAAUUCAACCUCUUGAAAGUCAGCUUGAUCAUAUAUACCAUUUCUUUUAUCAUGCGUCCAAAUUCAAUACUGCCGCUCAAAUUUAUUGCGAGAACUUGCAUCUUAAACUUUCAUCAACAUUCUUACGGAAGCAACGAUUGGAACGCG